AUGGCCACCAGACUCGAUCGGCUUUUUGUGCUCCUGGAGUCUGGAAGCAGUUCGGCCACUAGACAAGCUGCCGCCAAACAGCUCGGCGAAGUUGUGCGUUUGCAUCCGCAAGAACUACCUGUACUUUUAUCGCGCCUCUUGAAAUGCAUCCGGAAUUCUUCGUGGGACACCAGAGUCGCCGCCGGGCAAGCCGUCAAUGCGAUCGCUUCUGCUGUUCCGCAGGCAAUAAAUCAUGCGCUGAAGAACGGUGAUUUGAAGCCCAAGUUAGAAGAUGUGCACGGGUUAAACGUGAAAACCUUUGACCCUGCGGCCAUUCUUUCAAGCAAGGUCGUUUUGAUAGCCUCGCAAGGCUCGGAGUAUAAUUUCGAUGCUUCCGAUUUGAGCGGGGAGAAGCAGCAAAGUAUCAUCCGCAAAAAAUUAGGACUAGAUUUUGCAGAGAAAAUUGGACUCGACACUUCCGACAUUGUGUCCAACCAAGAUUUAAGCACCGCCCUCAAGUCAGAAGUACAAAUCACCAUUCAACCCGCAGACGGUUCCUCAGCAGUGUUGGCCAGUUUCGGUAUUGUAGUUCCUUCUAAACGGAAACUCGACGAUGACUCACCGAAGAAUUCGAAAAAAAUGCUGAAAGUAGAAGAAGAAUGUGAAGAAGUUAUUUGCGAUCCAUCGUCGUGGCCGUUCAUGGAUUUUGCGAAGAUUUUGUGUCGGAAUCUGUUCAGUGCCCGUUGGGAAACGCGCCACGGUGCGGCGACUGCGCUUCGCGAAAUUCUAAAAGUGCACGAUCAUCAAGUUCUUGAAAAACACUGGUACGAAGACGUCGCCCUGAAAUUAAUCUGUGUAUUGAUGCUGGACCGUUUUGGGGAUUUCGUGUCAGACCAAGUCGUUGCCCCUGUUCGCGAAGCAGCUGCUCAAGCCCUCGGUUACGUUAUUCAUUCCAUUGACGAAGACCUGGUUCUUAAAUUAUUGGACAUCACUGUUCAGCUCACUUCAAAUCCUGAGUGGCAAGUGAAACACGGCGCAUUGCUUGGUGUGAAAUACAUUGUCGCAGUUCGGGAACAUUUGAUGAAACUUGUGCCACAGGUAUAUGACAAUGUAUUUCAGUGCCUCCGCGAUCCAAUCGAUGACGUGGCCGCUGCUGCUGCGGCCGCUCUAGUCCCUGCCACUAACGUAAUCAUUGAAGCGUUACCCCAUCGUGUUGAAGAACUGUUGUCCACGCUAUGGGAUUCACUGUUACACCUCGACGAGUUGACUUCGGCGACGAGCAAUGUCAUGAUUCUCCUCUCUAAAGUGUUGGGCUGUGGCAAAGCUGAUGCGACGAAACUGAAAGACCUUGUUCCGCGCCUGUGGCCUUUCUUGGGACACAACUCUGCAAAUGUUCGGAAAUCAACCUUGAUUGCCUUAAAAAUGCUUUUGUUGAAUCAAACUGUGGAAGGUCAAGGCGCCGAAUGGCUUCAUUCUAUCCUGCCGGUGCUUCUCGGACAAAUAUUUUAUCGUGCAUUGACGGAAACGAGUGUUGAUCUUCACGAAUUUAUAAUUGAAGUUUGGGAAGCAGCAGUUUUGAGAACGGAACCGUCGCAUCUUGUGGCUGUAGCGAGCGCAGCUAUCACGGGCUGGCUCGCCAUGCUCAUGUCUCAACCACACAUGCAUCUAGAUCUCAAUCUCCUCGGCGUCGGAUGCAAAAUUGCGGGUCGGGAGUCUCCGAUUUGUCUUGGCGGUCAAGAUUCUACGUUGAAUGAAGCUGAAAAAGAAGACCUUUGUAUCCGUGCAAGACUUCUGGGGAUUCGAAUGCUUGGGUUCCUCUCGGGUCCCAUGACGGUUGUCUUGCCGGGCAUCGAUUACGGCGGUUCUUCUCCGGUGGAAAUGUAUGCGCAGCUCCUGAAAAAUCCUCUGGAAGCCCGAUCCGCUUACGGAAGAAUGGUUAUUGCCGUGCUUUUAUCCGAGUGGGCCGAACGUUGGCCUGAUUCCGACAUUCCAGCAGUUCUGGCCUCGACGCUGAGUGAAGGAUUAAACCAAGUUCUGUACUAUGAUGAAAUUGCGCACGCGUUUACGAGACUGCAACAAGACGCCCGAGAUUUCAUGGCAUCGGUGCAUCACAGUUUCCCGCAGGUUCCUCCGUUCUCGGCGUCGAAUGUUUUGACUUUGAAGCAAGUUUCCGAAAUGGCUGAAACGUGGGCACCACAAGUUUUUCUCACCAAGAAAAUUCCUCCAAAUCGAAUGACGGUCCUUGAAGAUAUGCGGAAGGCCAUUCUUAAUUCGGUGGAGAAAACGUCUCGGGAUCACUCGAAGUUAGCUCUAGUCUGUAAUGCCUGCAUGGCGGAGGCCCUGGUCGCAAUGAAGAAACUCCCAGAGAAGCUAAGUCCUACAGUAAGAUCGCUCAUGGAUGCUAUCAAGAUGCAGAAGAACCCAUUGCUUCGAUUGAGGGCUGCGAAAGCAAUCGCCAAUCUGUUGAAGCUUGCGAUGAAUCGAGUACCCCCACCGAAUCCGAAAAUUGUCAAAAAUCUGAUCACCUACGCAACUGCGGACUGCCUCAUCACACCAAAAGUCGGACAGCCGUGUGAAUCAAUCCCGAAUUCGUCGAAAAAUAACCCCGUGGAAGACUCUAUAAUUUGUACGAAAACUUCAGGCAUCUUGAAGCUUUAUCGAGACCGAAUGUCAAGUGAGAAAUCGAGCGUGAAAAGUCAGGAUUCUGCGCAAGCUUUGCAACAGGAUACUUUCCAGAAUGGCUGUGCUCAAGACCCUGUUCUACAGAGGGAGGCGGAGGUUUUGCUUCGCAUCGGCGGUGAAGCAGCUUUGAUCGCGAUUGUUGCUAGUAUAGGUCCAGAGCUCAAGACUCAACUACCUAGUUUGUGGGAAGCCGCGUUUGUCAUACCGAUUUGUGAAGAGUGCGAAAAGGACGAACAAGCUCAGCAUGCCGUGAAUUCGUUACGAACUGCAGAAAUAAUUCUGCCGGAAAUUCAUGCAUCCCUUCUUCACCUUCUCGGGGACUUCGUGCGUCGCGUAAUGGAAUAUCUCGAACAUAGUUUCACAGUUAUUCGACACAUGGCGAGUCGAGUGAUGGCCGCGUUGGCAACUGCGAAUCCAGUUUUGUUUGUUGGACCAAACCUCCCGCUUUUGUUGCGAAGUUUGGACAAGAUGGACUCCGACGCUUCUCGACAAGGAGCCAUUGAAACCAUUAGUUUGUUUCUGGAAAAGACAGGACUCAGGAUUCUUCCCUAUGUUCCCGUGUUCCUUGUUCCCGUCCUACGACGUAUGAGUGAUCAAAACGUGCCGGUUCGUUUACUCGCCGCGAAGUGCUUCGCAAAUUUGGUCAAGCUGAUGCCAUUGGCUUCGGGUGAAUCUGGGAAUGAUCUACAACUUGAUCCUGCAUUAGAGAAAGCCCGGAAGGAGCAGCUGAAUUUCAUCACCCAACUUUUGAAUCCUUCUCUCGUCGGAGACUCUGUUUUGCCUGAAUCUGUCGAUGCCAAGUUGAGGAGAUACCAGCAAGACGGGCUCAACUGGCUCAUGUUUCUUAAUCGGUACCAGCUUCACGGGAUCCUGUGCGACGACAUGGGACUUGGGAAGACCCUUCAAACUAUUUGCUUGAUGAUCUCGAGCAACAAUGAGUUGCGGAAAAAGAAAAACACCUUGUUGCCUUCAAUUGUCAUUUGUCCACCGACUUUGGUUGGUCAUUGGUUUUACGAAGUGGAGAAGUUCGUGAAAAAUCAAGCGUUGAAUCCGCUGAUGUAUGCUGGACCUCCUGGAGAACGAAUGCGUUUGAGGCUGAAAGUUCCCGAACACAAUCUGAUCAUUGCUUCGUACGACAUCGUGAGAAACGACGUGGAAUUCUUUUCAAGUAUCAAAUGGAACUACUGCAUAUUAGACGAAGGCCAUGUGAUCAAAAAUGGGAAGACGAAAAUGGCGAAAGCCAUCAAGCAGCUGACUGCGAGCCACAGACUCAUCUUGUCUGGAACUCCGAUCCAAAACAACGUAUUGGAAUUAUGGUCUUUGUUUGAUUUUCUUAUGCCUGGUUUUCUGGGAUCUGAAAGAGACUUCAGUUGGCGAUACAGUCGACCAAUUUUGCAGUCCCGAGACGGGAAAGCGACUGCCGUUGAACAGCAAGCUGGUGCUUUGGCGUUGGAGGCCCUUCAUCGUCAAAUGCUGCCGUUCCUGUUGAGACGAAUGAAGACGGACGUGUUGGAAGACUUACCACCGAAAAUCACACAGGACUAUUAUUGCGAACUGAGUCCGUUGCAACAGAAGCUGUACGAAAGCUUCGCCAAAUCCCAGACGUGCAAAGAUUUGGGCGACGUUUUGUCGACGGAAGAAGAGGAGACGAAGAAACCGAAUGUGAUCCACGUGUUCCAAGCGUUGCAGUAUUUAAAGAAAGUUUGCAAUCACCCGAAGCUUGUGCUGAACGACCAACAUCCCGAAAAGGAAGCUGUGGCUGAAUACUUGAGUCAGAAGAAUUCUCGGAUUGAUGACAUUAAUCACGCGGCAAAAUUGCCGGCAUUAAAGCAGCUGUUGAAUGACUGCGGAAUCGGUUGUGAGACUGAAGCUGUCGUUUCCGAACACCGAGCUUUGAUUUUCUGUCAGCUGAAGUCUAUGAUGGACAUCAUCGAAUGUGAUCUAUUCAAAAAAUACAUGCCUGAAGUUACUUACCUCCGGUUGGACGGCAGUGUUCCGCCUGCACAGCGGCACAAUCUUGUGACAAGAUUUAAUAACGACGCCUCUAUUGAUGUUUUGCUCCUCACGACUCAAGUUGGCGGUCUUGGUCUCAAUCUAACCGGCGCAGACACGGUGAUUUUUGUUGAACAUGAUUGGAAUCCGAUGAAAGACGUUCAGGCUAUGGACAGAGCCCACCGAAUAGGACAGAAGAAAGUCGUUAACGUUUACCGUUUGAUCACCCGAGGGACGUUGGAAGAGAAGAUAAUGGGACUCCAAAAAUUCAAGCUCAAUACGGCGAAUUCUGUUGUGAACCAGGAGAAUUCCGCUUUAGCGACGAUGAGUACUGACCAGCUGUUGGAAGCUUUCAGCUUCUCAGACAGCAGAGAAGCGGAAAAGCAAAGCGGAACUAAGAUCGAAAUGAAAAAAUCAGGUGUGAAGUCCGUGUUGGAAGGAUUGCCGGAUUUAUGGGAAGAAAGUCAGUACGACGAAUACAACUUGGAUAGCUUCAUUUCCACGUUGAAGUCGGGGUCGUCUUGAUUGUUACCGUUGCGUUUUGUUUAUGUGAAAACCUUUCAUGGCGACCUUCUUUAUUGUACGCGUUUUACGCUUGCCUUUGUUCGCCGUGUGAACGUAUGCAGUUGGCUUUCGGGGUCUCAUUUACUGUUUUCUAAAAUUUUCAACUACCUCUACUCCGUCGAGAUCGUUGUGAAUCAAAGUUGCAGAUGGUCGUGAGUAAACUUUGCAGCUCAUUCAAGAUAUUGAGUUUAAGAAUCCAUGUUCAUCUUCGUAAAUUGAAUCAUUGAAGAUUUCUGGUUUUGGAUUUGUCUUGAGUGCCUCUUGAGUUAUUUUUAGCAUAAGUUCUUGCGUUUCUUUUAUUCAACUUGAAAAUGUUCAUGCAGUGUGAUUCAAGUUUCCCGGAGAUUUUUCGUUCAACUGAGCAUGGUUUUUUGAAUGAACUUCUGGAAGGCUUGAAAUUAAGGGGAUAGCUACUUCUUUACUGAAUUGUCAAUUCCGUCAGAUGUGGACACGUUGGAGCUCGAAGAACGGUUGGGAUUAUUCAGACUCCUUCGAAUUAUCUUGUUUUUGUUGUCAAAUACUCGUUUCACACUUAUACUAUGAUUGUGUAUGUGAUGGUCGAUUUUCGGGUAAACCGUUUAUUCGUUGAAUAAUUUAAAAUUCUGAUGGAGAAAACUCGUAUAGGAUUCAUUAACGGUCAGAUGUAUUUGGAAAAAAGCGAUCCUUCAUCAUUGUUCAGUAAAUCUUUUUCGAUAUGUGCUGUUUUUUUAUGCCGUGGCGGAGUCGAAAAUAUGUGAUUGAUCUUCGAAAUCAACGUGGGAAACCAUCGGUGAUACUCUGCUUUAGAGGUUAAUUUUUUACGAUUCUGUUCGGUCCUGUUUUUUAAGUUUUAAUUUUG